CCCCUUCCCCCCUCCGCCGGACUCCCACCGCCUCCCUCUUCGCAUGGAAACCCAAACGCCAACUCUAAUCCCGGGGCGCCUGAGCCUAUGGUAGUUGACUUAAGCGUUGACCCGCACUCGGUGCCUCCAGAAUUCAAGAAGGAGGGCCCGGACUGGUUCGCGAUCUUCAACCAAAACGCAGCGGCUGGCAAGGAUGCGGGUCCGAGCGGCAAGAAGCGUUCGCUGGACGUUGGCCUGGUACACACAUUGAUGCAUGAGAGCGUGGUGUGUUGUGUGCGCUUUUCCGCGGACGGAAAGUUCCUUGCGACCGGGUGCAACCGCACCGCACAGAUCUACGACACGAAGACAGGGCAGAAGACAUGUGUGCUGGUGGAUGAACAAGCGAGCAAGACCGGCGACCUCUACAUCCGCAGUGUAUGCUUCAGCCCCGAUGGCAAGCUGCUGGCGACAGGAGCCGAAGACAAGCAGAUCAGGAUCUGGGACAUCGCAAAGAGGAAGAUACGGACGGUCUUUGAAGGACACCAACAGGAGAUUUACUCUCUGGACUUCUCGCGCGAUGGGCGCUUAAUAGUAUCGGGCUCGGGUGACAAGACUGCACGAGUAUGGGACAUGGCAGACGGCAACACGAGCAAAAUCCUCUCGAUCAACGAGGAUACGGUUGAUGCUGGCGUCACAUCAGUAUGCAUCUCGCCUGACGGCAGGCUGGUCGCCGCGGGCUCGUUAGACACGAUCGUGCGCAUCUGGGACGUACAGACAGGCCAGCUUGUUGAGCGGCUGAAGGGUCAUCGCGACAGUGUGUACAGCGUCGCGUUCACCCCCGACGGCAAGGGUCUCGUGAGCGGCAGCCUGGACAAGACGCUCAAGUACUGGGACAUCCGACCAAUCCUGGCUGGCGCGCGCAAUGGUGCCGGCGCCCUCGCGCAGAGCAGUUCAAACAUCGUGAAGAACGGUGUGAAGGAGGGAGGAGAGAAGGGCAGCCAGAGCACGAUGAACUUCACUGGCCACAAGGACUACGUUCUGUCGGUGGCUGUAUCGCACGAUGGCCAAUGGGUCGUGUCAGGCUCAAAGGACCGGGGAGUCCAGUUCUGGGACGCGAAGACUGCGAUCGCGCACUGCAUGUUGCAAGGUCACAAGAACUCUGUGAUCUCGAUAGAUCUCAGUCCAUCAGGGAACAUCCUGGCCACCGGAAGUGGGGACUGGCAAGCACGAAUAUGGAGUUACAACGUUCAGCAAUGAUUGCGGCCACGGUCAUUACAUAUCCUAUCUGCCACCCGUGUCGAUUUAUCCUCCCUGCUGUUUAUUUGUAUGCUCUUGUCUACGAUCCCUCGCCUCAUGACCGCAACGCUGAUGGUGUACGCCUUCAUAUUCUCGAUGACUCUGGUGUGUCCGCUGGUGCAAGUCAUUGUUAAUUUCCGCCCCUCCCUUGUCCGGGCGCUGCCUGGCGUAACCCCUUCUCAUCUCGAUCUGCCUUGUAUGUAGGAGGAUAUGAUGUGCUGUAUUCGGUAUGUGAAAACACGUAUACCCUGUCUAUCUCCAAAAGAAACUAGACAUGUCGUCGUCGCUACUGUGUCAAUUGUAUUCUUAUGUUCCCGA